AUGGCUGACAAUAGCGGAGCAGGUCCCAGCACCCGGGCAGAAGAUGACUCUGGUAGAAAGGUAAGAAGAGUGGCAAAGGUAAAAAGCUUGAGAAUUGCACGUGGAGGAAGUGAACCCGAAAAUGUUAGAGACAAUGACAGUGGAGAGCCUGAACCGGAAGGUAGUGGAGAUGAGGUGGAGGAAGGGGACCAAGAUUCAGAUGAAGAGAGUCUCGGUUCCAACGAUUCGGAAGAAAGCUAUGACUCGGAACUAGGUUUACAUGACUUCGUCGUUCCGGAUGAAGAAGUCGAAAACAGUCAAGGGAGUGGUGGCUCCAGCGAUCAUACAGAAGUGGUUGAUCGUCCUGACCGUGGGAUAGAAAUGGCGCCACCAGACAACGUCGAGGUGAAGGACUUCAAUAUCGUUCGCUUGAUUCAAUUCACCAAUAAAGCUGGAAAUGACGCUAAGUGCCCCAUUGUCUUGAACGCAAAUUAUUUCAAGGUAGAUUAUGGAGACUUUCUUCUGCGUCUAAACACCUAUUCCUCAGAAAAUAUAGAUCGAAUCCAUGUUCGCAACUACUCUGGCCAGGAGAGAUAUAUUCCGAGACGCAUGUUACAAAGUGUUGAGUUGCCUUGGUCAUUUCUAAGCGACAUUGAACUAGACGAUGAGAAUGGUAUUGGGCUGCCCUUGGCGUUUGUAGGGGAAAUUAUACCAGCGGAUUUCGGUGGUGGUGUUGACUUUGACGAGAACGAAGCCGUCAUGAUCAAAGCUAAUGGAAACCCAACAAAGGUUGUGGAUUUUGAAGGUCGUGUUGGUGAGAUACAGAUGCGGCAAGACAAAAUAAAAAGAUUAGCUCAACCCGAAGGGGGUAGGAAAGCAUUUGAGGAGGAGGAGGGGGAAGAACAAGAGGAGGAAGAUCUCUUAUAUGCACCAUUUGAAUUCCCGUGGGAGCUGCGCGUCAAUGUAGAAUGGUUGGACCAGUGGAAUUGGCUGAUAAGCAACGAAUCCAAGUCAUCAUCUCAAGGAAGCAACACAGAUAAGGACAAAGGUAAAGGCACUAGCGACUCAACCAGAAAGUCAGAGCCGAGAAAAAGAGGACAUGACGACGACGAACCAAAACCAAAGCCCAAAAAACGGGCAAAACUUACAACUGUAUCCAAACCUAAAAGUGCGUCCAAACCUACCAGCGUGCUCAAACCUACAAGUACGUCCACGCCUAGACCCGGAACCAGCGAUCGUGAUGCUAUUUCUGACAAGGUCAAAUUCGUCGUGGAAGUGGGUAAAAGAUAUAAUUUACGACCAAGAAAAGCGGCUCCAUACACCAGAUAG